UGCAACAUUGAUGUGUUUUUAAUUAGCUUGUGUUCAAAGUCAUGCAUUUAUCUUUUGUGUGUGUGUGUGUGUCCAAAAAUGUGUACUCGUAAGACCUGCUAGUUUUUAAUUUUUUUAAAUUUUUUUGCACAAUGCCUCAGAUGCACUUUUGCUGUACUUGUAUUUGUAGGAAUGAUAAACAAUGAAGGGGUUGGCAAUAAACGUGUUGUUUUAAACUGUGGAUCAAAGUGCGAAUGAUUGUAACAUUAUUUUGCGUUGCAUGCAACAACUAAUGUUUUUAAACAUAUUUUUUACUUGCGUCUUUCUAUUAAGCUUUAAUAGAGCAUCUUGUGCAGUUCCAGGUGCGUCCGACAGAGGGAGCCGUGAGCCAAUGGGCGUUGAAUCCUCCCGGUUUCCAGCGAUGCUGCAGACUGCGUGUCUUCCCCCUCUUCAUCGUCACUGACCCUUUCCUGCUCGUGCUGAACGAGAUGCACGGAGCCGAGCGGGAACUGCAUUUUUGAUUUUGUCCUUCCUGAGGGCCUUCCUAGAGCUGCUUUAGAAAUGUGUGAUAGAGAGGAGCCGUUACGGAAUAACAACCUGCAGGAGGACACGCAGGCUGAUGGGAACGCCAACGAUAUCAGGACAGACGACGGUGGGAGGACAGGCGGUAGCGCCACUCUGUCCGAUCAGGACAAGGUGGUCAUCUGGGGGACCCAUUCCCAGUGUGACGACCCCGAGCUGGCAGAGUUUGAGAUGUUGGAGUGUCAGGAACUGGAGGCCUACCUGGUGGAGGACGGAGAGGAUUUUGUUGGGCUGAAGGAGCGCAACAACGAUCCGCUGCCUUCAAGCAGCAGAACCACAGCAGAAGCAGCGCCUGAGCAGUCUGAUGGUUUUGCUUCAGCUGCUAUGGACAACAAGGGAAGAACUUGCAAGACAGAAAAUACACCAAAAAUGAUUGAGCCUUGCGUGGAUUUGAAUUGGAAUUCCACUCUUCACUCAAAGGAUCUUGACGCAGUGAAACACACGGAAGAGGAGCACAGGAGGAACAACAAUCACUUCAAUAAAGCUUUCAGGGAAGCCACUGAACGCAAGGCCUCACCCAUCAAAAACGCUAACAACAAGAAAAGCACACAAGCAGACGAGCAUUCCAACGGGAGCGCUAGCCCUCGGAAAACCAAAGCCUCUCCGCCCAAAGUUGUCAAGAAACAAGCACCCUUUGAUAAUUCCCUGAAAAAGCAGAAUUCCUUUGAGAGGAGCUUCAAAAAGCAGCCCUCGUUUGAGUACACCUUCAAGAAGCAGCACUCCUUUGAUAACUCCACAAAGAAGCCGCAGGGCUCCUUCGAGAACGUCUCCCGCUCUUCCAGUCUGGAGAGGAGGAAGCCGUGGGGGAGCUCCGGUCACCCGGCAGCCCCGUCAUCGCCCAGGAGGCAACCUCCUGCAUCUCCAGCCAAGGUGCUGAGCGUCCAGUCAGCGGGUUGCAGCUCCCCUCAAAGAACUUUAACAACAAAACCACCUAAGACAAAUCUAAGCAGCGGGAUUCCCAAGCCUGUUGCUCCUGUAGACGUCAAGAGGUCCUCUCCUCCUGCGAAGCCCAAAAAUGUCCGUCCAAAAAUCAUCACAUGUGUACGCAAGAAUCCUCAAGGAACUGACGUCCCACUCUCUCAUACCACUCCGCCGACUCAAGCAGAUCCAAGGGUUGGAACUGCAUAUAAAGGCUCCUCCAACACCAUCUUUGACAAGUAUAGGCAGGAGAUGUCUGGACCUUGUCCCUCUGGACUGAAACCUGCUAGCUAUUAUGAGGACACACAUGGGAAAUGUCCGCAGGAGCAGCACAACCCUGAAGAUGGAGGCUACCGCUCCCCCAGAGCGGCAAGGCCUCAGUUGGGCUUGGGUGCUGUCACCAGACAACCCGCAGCCAAAACACGACUUCUACCAGCAGGUCAAAGAGAGUCCACAGGGGACCACAGAAGGUCAGGUCCAGAGACCUCCCCCAGGAACAUCCUGAUCAAAUCAGGACAAACCGGUCUCCGUCCUCCUGGGUUCUCCACGCUUCCAGGUGCGCGAAAUGCCGCUGUGGGUGUCGGCAGAAGUGUGUCUUCUACGUCCAGCGGCCAGAUCAACGGCGACAACACCUGCCGAACUUCUCAGCCUUCUAAAAAAGAGAUGAAGGAUACGGAGAAGUCCUCCCCUAAAUCGUGUGCAGUGGUUUCUCCCAGGUCUCAGUCCCUUGCCCGUGGGCGGUCGGCGGUCCAAACGUCUGGCGCCGAGCGGGCGCAGGAACUGGACCGGGCCCUGAUCAAGCUGCUGAGGGAGCGCUGCGAGCAGCAGGCCCGGCAGCUGCAGAGUCUUCAGGCCCAGUUGAAGAAGGCGUCGCUGUGCAUGAACGUCUUUGCCAUCACCACACAGCACUUCUGUCACAAGGCCGAGAGCGCUGCCGUGAGGGAAGGGGAACUUUCCCACGAGCUCGCCAGGAUCAGAGAUGAAGUGGCUUUCAGUGUGGCCCACUGGGAGCAGCUGCAGCGGGAGAAGCAGGAACUGGAGCGGCGUUUUGAGGCGGAACUUCAGGGCUUGCGGGCUCAGCAGCAAAGCGAGCUGGGAGCGCUGGAGGAGCGGCUGAGGGUCCAGCACUCGGCCGAGACCAGGAGCCUGAGGGCCCUCCAGCGUGCCCAGCUGGACCACCUGAGGGGGCGGCAGCAGGAAGAGAUGGAGGAGAUGAAUGAAAACCACCAGUCGUCCCUCGUGGAGAUGGAGGCCACUCACAACGACACGCUGGCCACCCUGCAGGAGGAGCACUCCAGGACCGUGAAAAACUUGAAGAUGGCCCACGAGCAGCAGAGGAAGUCUCUGGAGGAAGACUUUGAGAAGAUCAGACUUUCCUUACAGGAUCAAGUGGACAUGCUGACCUUCCAGAACAGGAGCCUGAGGGAUCGAGCCAAGCGCUUUGAGGAAGCUCUCCGCAAAAGCACCGAUGACCAGAUUGUGGACGCCUUAGCGCCGUAUAAACACAUCGAGGAGGACCUCAAAAGUCUGAAGGAAGUCUUGGAGAUGAAGAACCAACAAAUUCAUCAGCAGGAGCUAAAGAUCACGGAGCUGGAAAAAAUACAGGCUGAAAAGAACGUUCACCUGGAGGAGCGCGUGCAGGUUCUACAGCAGCAGAACGAGGACCUGAGGGAACGCAUCGACAAGAACCUCGCCGUGUCCAGGCAACUGUCGGAGGAGAACGCCAACCUGCAGGUGCACGUGGAGAAGGAGAGCACGGAGAAGAAGCGUCUGAGUCGCACCAACGAGGAGCUGCUGUGGCGCCUCCAGACAGGCGAACUCAGCCCACGCAUGUCACCCAGCUGCUCCCCCGUCCACCGGCCGCCCUCGGGGCCCGACUCGCCCGCCCGGCCACACUCCUACCACCAAUGACAUUCAGGUGCUUCCUGCUGGCUGCCCGUCGGUGGACACGUGACUCUUUUAAAGAAGCCCACUUUGUAAAAAUGUCACCGCUGUAAGGCUACUAAAGGCGUGCUGGCGCCCAUGUUCAGUCAUCCAGCACUCAGGACGAUGUAAACACAGCAUGCUGGUUCUCUGCCAUCCAUUUUCUUCCACCAGCGACCUCCACCAAGGCUGAAAGUUUGUCAACAUUUUUAUCACACGACAUGUGACCUCUUUUACGUCAGUAGCUGUCUUAGCGUUCCGCAGCACAGGAGAGGAAUCGGGUGCCUUGCUCAAGGGCGCCACAUGAAUGGACCUUCUGGGAUCCUUCAGUCACGGGCCAUCAUGUGCACACAAACGCGGGUAUUUUAGCUCUUUUUUGUGUGUGAGAAAAAAAUGUGGCGACAACCGUAGAGCCUCGCUGCUCAGUCCAAUAUGGCCAAGUAAACAAAUCAACACUUCAUGAUGAUUAGAACCCAAAUCUGAGGUUGGACAUUUUCAUGUUUGCUGUGUUUCCGUGUGUGAAUGUCCAAAGGGAAAAUCUGACAGCAUUUGGAUGAAAUGAAAUUAUGCAGGUCAACAAUUGAUUGGCCUUUCUUUUUUUUUUUACAUAAUGUCAAGAUAACAUUUGUAUGAAAUGCAUGACUUUAAAAACUGUAUAAAAACAGGUUGAAUAAUUUUUAUAAUCUAGUUAUCAACCAUGUAGACUUUUUAAAAUGGUAUUUUAUGUUUGAUAUUUUGUAAUCAUGUUUUAUUGUAGAAGCAGUGAGCUAUGAAGAACUAUUGGGAUGACAAUGAGAAGUGUCAUAGAAAAAACUAGAAAAAGCUAAGGAUGCUAACGUGACAAAAAAAUCAUGAAUACUGCGCGUUAACGGCGGUAACAUAUCUCAUUGCGUUACAUUUUUUUGCAUAAUAACGCACGCAUCACGGCAAGCCAAGGCUCUCCAUUAUGACGACAGGCGGCGGUGUUGCUCCCCACAGAGCCUCAUUGUCUGGCCUGAACACAUCAACAGCAGUGCAAUCCGACACCAUGUAUGUAUCGCCAACACGUCUAGUCCACUCGUUGCAACAACACUUCCUCAUUGUCACGAGACAGACCGCGAGAUGCGUUCACUGACACUCUGACCAUCACAAGAACGUCUUUACAAUGCGUGUUUGGGUGGUCUAAAUCAACAAAUGCAAUGAAAAUCAGUAAGUGGAUAUUCUUAGCACUCACCUUGUAACUCUUACUGCAGAAGUAGAAUUUGCUGCAUUUAAGUGUGCUCGGAAAUCCCAGAAAAUUCACUCAAAGCAUGUCAUUUCAAAUUAAAUGAUGUGGUGUCUUUGAACGCCACUCCUCAUUGCUCAUAAUAAGUUAUGUCUGAUUCAAAUAUUCUGCUAUUAAAGACACCAGGUUUUCA